GCGGUGAGUGGCGCAUGGGGCCGCUCUGGCCUGUGGGAGGGGCGCCUCUAUGGCCCAGGAGAUCCUGGGUAGGGGGUCUAGCUCAUCUCAUGACAUCACGACCGUGUUAUGUCACGGAUCUGUGAUGUCACGGGUGCAGGUCAUGGACGGGCAGGGGGUUGGCAUCCCUGGGUGAUGUCAUGACCCCAGAGGAGGGGUCUCUGAGUGACAUCACACCCUCAGGUGACAUCACAGUGUGACAUCACGGCCAUGGCAGGUGCCCCCUGCCCCCCCUUGCACUGGGAGCAGCAGCGAGCAGCAGACAUCAUCCGCCUCCUGUCGCUGUACCGUCCCCUGCUCGACGCCUACAUCAUUGACUUCUUUGCUGAGGGGCUGUGGGCAAAGCUCCCCCCGGCCUGGCAGGCAGCCCUGGAGGUGGCAGAUCCCCCGCAGCUGGCCACCAUGCUGCUGGGAACAGGGGCCACGGUGGGGCCAGGCACAGUGUGGCCACUCUCCCUGCUGGCCUUUGUCGCUGCUGCCCAUGCGCUCUCCUUCCCCCGGGGACAGCUGGGGGGGGCCCCAUGCCCACCCUGCCAAAGCCCCCACUUGCACCCACUGCUGCGCCGCCAUGUCAAGCCCAAGAAGCAGCACGAGAUCCGGCGCCUCGGCAAGGUACUGCAGCGGCUGAGCCAGGCCACUGGCUGUGACCGAGUGGUGGAUGUGGGUGCAGGGCAGGGCCACUUCUCACGCUUCCUGGCCUUCAGUCUUGGCUUGUCCGUCACCGCUGUGGAGGGUGACAGCCGCCUGGUCAGCCUGGCAGAGCGCUUUGACCAGGAGCUGCUGCGGGAGCUGAAGAAAGCCCAGGCACGGAGUGACACUAGGAGGCUGCCACCCUCCCAGCACCACCCAAACACAGCCCCAGAACGUACAGAUCCUGCGUCCCUUUGUCCCCGAUGCCCUCAACACGUGGCUGGCUGGCUGGACCCUCAGGUUCCUGGGCAAGAAUUCCUGCUGGCCCCCACCCCAGGGCCAGCCCUCGCCGCCAGGAACCCAUUGGCAAUGUCCACGGACAGUGAGCGGAUACUGCUGACAGGACUUCAUGCCUGUGGGGACCUCAGCGUGGCCCUGCUGCGCCACUUUGCCCGCAGCCCCCAGGUGGCUGCUGUCACCUCUGCAGCUUGCUGCUAUAUGAAGCUCUCCACGUGCCCUGAGCCAACUGGUUCCAGCCUUCCAGGCUACCCACUGAGCACUUGGGUGGCUGGGUUGCCGGGCCACACGCUUUCCUACCGGGCUCGUGAGGCUGCAUGCCAUGCUGUGGAGGAGUACACAGAGAGGCUGGGCAGGGACAGUGAAUGCUUGCGCGUUCACUGCUACCGUGCUGUGCUGGAAACCCUCAUCCGGGCAGCUGACCCCAGCAAGAAGCACCUGGGAGUGCAGACAGUGAAGAAAGCCCACACACUCAGCUUCCCCGAGUAUGCUCGGCUGGGGCUGCCACUUGUGGGGCUGGAUUCAGCCUCCGUGCCUCUGGAUUCAGAGUCAGUGUGCACCAUGCUGCGUCAGCAGCACAAGGUGGUUGCCUUCUUCAGCCUGGUGCUGCUGCUGGCCCCACUGGUGGAGACCCUCAUCCUGCUCGAUCGCCUGCUUUACCUGCGAGAGCAAGGUGAGUGCCAGCGCGGUAGGGGGCUCUGGGGCUCUGCAGGUGCCAACCAUCUCUCUCUUUCCACAGGUUUCCAGUGCGCCCUUGUGCCCCUCUUCAACCCCCGGUUCUCCCCACGCAACCUGGUGCUGGUGGCCGCACGGGUACCACUGGAUGCAGUGCUGUCAGGCCUGGACAAGGACAGUGGUGAGGAUGAAGACACGGUGAGGGGUGGAGUGGAGCCCUGCGGGCAGGGGCAGGGCUAAGCAAUACUGUGGGGACUGAUGGGUGCCCAGCUGCUGGCUGCGAGGCCCGAGCUACAAUAAAACCUGUUUUUUACAUGG